AUGAAGAGAGAUCCCACUUUCACCUUUCUCUUCCUCUUGUUCUACUUCCUCAACCAUUCCACCGGCGGCCUCUCCCUUUCCCCGGACGGACUCUCCCUCCUCUCCCUCAAAUCCGCCGUCGACGAUUCGCCGGGGGCAUUCUCCGACUGGAACUCCGACGACUCCAACCCCUGCCGCUGGUCCGGCGUUUCAUGCAUGAAUGUCACCGGAUCGCCGGACCCACGAGUCGUCGGCAUCUCCCUCUCCGGCAAGAACCUCCGCGGCUAUAUCCCGUCGGAGCUCGGCAACCUCAUCUACCUCCGCCGCCUCAACCUCCACAGCAACGCGUUCUCCGGCUCCAUCCCGGCGCAGCUCUUCAAUGCCACCGCCCUCCACGGCCUGUUCCUCUACGGGAACAACCUCACCGGCGCCCUGCCGACGUCCAUCUGCAACGCCCCCCGUCUCCAGAACCUCGACCUCUCCAACAACUCCAUCUCCGGGUCCCUCCCCGACGAGUUCAAAAACUGCCGUCAGCUCCAGCGGCUCAUCCUCGCCGACAACGAACUCUCCGGCGAGAUCCCCGCCGGGAUUUGGGCGGAAUUCGACAACCUAAUCCAGCUCGACCUCUCUUCGAACAAAUUCUCCGGCCAGAUCCCUAACGAUUUGGGGGAAUUGAAAUCCCUCUCCAACACUCUCAACCUCUCGUUCAAUUCCCUCUCCGGCCGAAUCCCUAAAUCGCUGGGUAAUCUCCCCGUGACGGUGAGCUUCGAUUUGCGGAGCAACAAUCUCAGCGGCGAGAUCCCUCAAACGGGGUCGUUUUCAAAUCAGGGUCCCACCGCCUUCCUCAACAAUCCCCAAUUGUGCGGAUUCCCCCUCCAAAAGCCCUGCAGCAGCGAUUCCCCGGGAAAUUCAGGGGAAGCAGAAGGCCAGAGCGAAACGACGCCGUCCGGUUCGGGCUUGAAAAAGGGGGGAUUGAGCUCCGGCGUUAUAAUUCUCAUCUCACUAGCCGACGCCGCCGGAGUAGCAUUCGUCGGUCUCGUAAUCGUCUACCUCUAUUGGAAAAAGAAGGACGAAUCCGGCGGGUGCAGUUGUACAGGAAAGGGGAAAUUCGGCGGUGGCGGGGGAGGAGGAGGCGGGAAAUUCAUACGAAUCUCGAUCUGUCCCGCGUUCGGCUGCUGCGUCCGCGGCCGUGAUUCGGCGGCGGAGGAUGCGGCGGCGGAGGGGGAAGGAGGAGGCGGAGGAGGAGGAGGAGGGGAAUCGGGAGAAGGGGAGCUGGUGUCGAUGGACAAAGGGUUUAGUUUCGAGCUGGACGAGCUGCUGAGGGCGUCGGCGUAUGUAUUGGGGAAGAGCGGGUUGGGGAUUGUGUACAAAGUGGUGCUCGGAAAUGGGAUUCCGGUGGCGGUGCGGCGGCUCGGGGAAGGCGGGGAGCAGAGGUAUAAAGAGUUCGUGGCGGAGGUUAUGGCGAUUGGGAAGGUGAAGCAUCCCAAUGUGGUGAGGUUGAGGGCUUACUAUUGGGCUCCUGAUGAGAAGCUUCUGAUCAGUGAUUUCGUCUCCAACGGCAAUUUGGCUACUGCGCUUAGAGGAAAGAACGGGCAGCCGCCAUCAAGCAGCACACUCUCAUGGUCGACUCGCCUCCGAAUCGCCAAAGGAACAGCCAGAGGCCUAGCCUACCUCCACGAAUGCAGCCCGCGAAAAUUCGUCCACGGCGACAUCAAGCCCACCAACAUCCUCCUCGACGCCGAAUUCCGCCCCCACAUCUCCGACUUCGGCCUCAGCCGCCUCGUCACCAUCACGGGCAACAACAACAACAACAACAACCCAUCCUCUUCCUCCUCCGGCUUCAUGGGCGGGGCCCUGCCUUACCUCAAAUCGGCCCAGACCGAGCGGCCCAACAACUACCGGGCCCCCGAGGCCCGCAUCCCGGGUAACAAGCCGGCCCAGAAGUGGGAUGUCUACUCGUUCGGCGUCGUCCUGCUCGAGCUCCUCACGGGGAAAUCCCCCGACCUUUCCCCGACCAGCUCGAGCGCCGUCGAGGUUCCCGAUCUCGUCAGGUGGGUGAGGAAAGGGUUUGAGGAAGAGAACCCUUUGUCGGAGAUGGUGGAUCCGACGCUGUUGCAGGAGGUUCAAGCGAAGAAGGAGGUUCUGGCGGUUUUCCAUGUCGCUCUGGGUUGUGUGGAGGUGGAUCCUGAGGUUCGUCCGAGGAUGAAGAAUGUGUCGGAGAAUCUUGAUAGGAUCGGAACGUAG